AAAUGUCAUACGGUGAUCGCUCUGCGCAGCGUCGCAUGAAAUCGUACGCGCACGGCGAAUGGAGUUCUGGGAGUUGUAGUAGCAUAGCGUAUCCAACACAGAGGGACGGAACGCUUUGAUGCGAGUCAUAAAGUGCCACGGUGUUGUUUCAGCAUCUGUUACGCAAAACAUUAUUAAGCGUAUAUUCAUGUUUAGAAUAUUCCUAAAAUGUUUAAGGCGGUUUUAAAGUUGGUCGACAGGGAUGGUUUAUAUGUCAAAAUAUCCCUUGGGUAAGCUCACCGCGGUGAACUACAUUACCCGUACUGCUGCUAGUCGACGAAUUGAAUUGUGGUACUUGUAGUGUUUUAAUACGGUUGGUACAUGAUUUUACUAAAAUGUCGUGUUCUAAUUAAACUACAAUUCCCAGCAAACACGCGAUGAAGGCUUUCGUGUAAUGGCUGUCAGGUACGUAUUCAUGGGGUCGCAGUCUACAGCACAGCAGGUAGAGCAGCAAAUGCUUUGAUCCAGAGCUUGUUGCAUAGGUGAGAUUGUCAUGAUGGAGGGUGACUACGAAACCACCUUCGAGCAGAGAUUCAAUGCUGCUGUCAAAGUGAUCCAAAGUUUACCUUCAAACGGUUCAUUUCAACCCUCCAAUGACAUGAUGCUAAAAUUCUAUAGCUACUACAAGCAAGCAACACAAGGUCCCUGCAACAUUCCCCGCCCAGGAUUCUGGGACCCAGUUGGCAAAGCCAAAUGGGAUGCUUGGAAUUCUCUGGGCGAUAUGGCGAAAGAAGAGGCAAUGACGGCCUACGUGGAUGAUUUGAAACUGAUUCUGGAAAGUAUGCCUGUGACGAAUGAGGUGGAGGAGCUCCUGCAGGUUAUUGGGCCCUUUUAUGAGCUUGUUGAUGAGAAGAAGAUAUCGCAGGUGUCAGAUCUGAGCACAGGCUUUGGGAACAUGCUCACGUCACCGCCCAAAAGUGUCACGAAAAGCAUCAUUAGAACCAUGCAAAUGAACGGCACUCUGGACGCUUACUCCGUCAAAACAUCAGAGCCUCCACAAACUAAAAUAAAAGAGCUGGACGAGAGAGGAGACCAUCAUGAAGGAGAGAAAGAUGAAGAAGUGAAAAAAGCCGCACCAGGUAAGAAAGAGGUUUCAGCAGGUCGGUCUAAAGCACUGGUAUUUAACAGCAGUACCCAGCAACACAAAAUCCUUGCUAAUGGGACACUCGGCUCUCAAUCUAACCUGAAAGAACAGGACUCUGAGGAAGAAUCGGAAAGCAUUAACCACAAUGGAGACGUCAUAGAAGUCAAUGGGCACGCCAAAGAAGAUGGUGCAAGUUUCCAGCAUGUGGCCAGUGAUUCAGACAGUGAGGUGUACUGUGAUUCUGUGGACCAGUUUGGGGCAGAAGAGUGCUCAGAAGUGCACGUAAAUCACUCGCGUGAGGAAACCCACAGCGUGCCGUCCUCCACAGAGGAGGUCAGAUCACAGGGGAGACUGUCAGAGGAUCUUCUGGAAAGGGAGGAAGGUGUGCAGCACGGUGGAGAACAUGGCCGGAGCAGUGAAGGAGCUUCCCAGAAACAGGGACUUCCUGCUGACAGAAGUGACAGUUCUGUGGUCAAGAGGGGAAGAGGGUCCAGGUCACCUGCCUUCGGCUCCGGGUCAGCUGGACCGCAGCAGGGCAGCGGGGGAGAUGGGGAACACUGGGGCACGGAUGGUCCUGUGAUGGAAAAUCUAAAUGAACAGAUCAUAUGCGCUUUGGCCAGACUGCAGGAUGACAUGCAGAGUGUGUUAGAGAGACUACAUACACUAGAAGCUCUGACAGCCUCUCAGGCUCGAUCCUUAGCUGUGCCAUCAGACUACCUGUCACCACCUGCUAAUAAAACUAAGAAGAAGCCAUCUUGGUGGCCAUUGAAUGUUUCUCCUGGAACUGUGGCACUUGCUGUGAUCUGGCCGUUUGUUGUGCAAUGGCUCAUUCGCCUGUAUCUACAGCACAGAAGAAGAAAGUUCAACUGAUAUGAAUCGACUUGUUGGGCACCUUUAAAGAUCUACAGGAGAGUGAUGUUCCCUUGAUAGGAGGAGGAUGUUUUCCCGCCUGUACCGUGAUCUCUAACUCCUGCUUUUGCACUAUGAUGAUCGCUCUAUUAAUUGGUAAACGGAAGGACAGAUUGAAUGUACGCCGUUACAGUUGUUUUGUAUUUUGUUAAAUUAAUCAUAAAUCCUUCAUUUGAGAUCUUUCAUUUUCAUAGUUAUGCAAGUGUACUGCAUAAAAAUCCACUGUUAAGGGCAUAAUUAGACAUUUCUAUUACGUCCAUAUACACUAUAUUGAUAGUAACCCACACAUUGCUGCUAAAUGUAAAUUAAUUUUAUAGUACAGUAUAGGAUGCACUUAGAAUGACAGCACAUUUACCUUCGGUCUGAGAGCAUGUCUCCAGUUCAUGACUGAUUCUGCAGAAAACGGCUCUGUAAUAAAGCUCAAUAAAAGGGAAGGAAGGAGGCGGGAACCGGCAAACAUUCUAAAGACUUUAAUCAAAACAAACAAACAAAAAUCCAGCAGUAAAAAGGCCACACACAAACAUAAACAAAACUUAACGUAUGUCCGGGCCCGGUCCUCUCUCUCGUAUCCUCCUGUCGCCCAUCCUUUUAUGCUUCCGAUCUCCUCCGUGAGAGAUACGAGGCCGGUGUGGCACCCAGCUGACACUCAUUAUCGCUCGCGCCACCGGCCCCGCUUCCUCCUCCCACGGCUCUCGUCACACCUCCCUCGUCACAGGCUCAUUUCUAGCUUGUGCGUUGUACCAUCAUGGUUAUAAUUCAGGACCACAAAAUGUUUUGGAGAUAUCAUGAGUGUAAUGUUUUUACUGUAUUUGUUAAUAUCUAGGCUUGGUGUUUGCCAAACUGGGCUGUGGUGCUAAUGAAAGCCAUAACCAAUAGAUCAGUGAUACAGACCCCUUGCUUUGCACAUGUAGAGGCUCUAAAGGCAAUAUGAUAUAGAAACAUAUAUGUUUUUCAUUCAUUAUAUGACUGUCUCAUCAUGUUUGAAGAGCUGAUGGUGAACCCAAAAAGUAUUCGGACACUGUUGAUUUAUUUGAUUUGGUACAACAAAGAAAUUCAGAACCUUUAUCAUUUUUCUUGGUUGAAUUGUGAAGCACUGAAUGUAUAGACAGGUAUAAAUAAUGGCUAAUAUUUCAGUAAUGGUAAGAGCCUGUAAUUUAAGACUAAAAUCUGAUGAAUCAUUUACAUAAGCCGUUUGUUUAACUGAGAGUUUGUUUUAGUAAAUAAUGUUAAUAAUUCCUUUAAUAAUUGUAUAUUAGAAAUGUGUGAAAUUAUAUAUACUACUGUUAUACAGUGCUCAGCGUAAAUAAGUACACCCCCUUUGAAAAGUAACAUUUUAAACAAUAUCUCAAUGAACACAAAUAAAAAAAUCCAAAAUGUUGACAAGACUAAGUUUAAUAUAACAUCUGUUUAGCUUCUAACAUGAAAGUAAGGUUAAUAAUAUAAUUUAUAUUACACAUUUUUCAGUUUUACUCAAAUUAUGGUGAUGCAAAAAUUAGUACACCCCACAACAAAAAAAUACUACAUCUAGUACUUUGUAUGGCCACCAUGAUUUUUAAUGACGGCACCAAGUCUUCUAGGCAUAGAAUAAACAAGUUGGCGACAUUUUGCAACUUCUAUUUUUUCCAUUCUUCAAGAAUGACCUCUUUUAGAGACUGGAUGCUGGAUGGAGAGUGAUGCUCAACUUGUCUCUGCAGAAUUCCCCAUAGGUGUUCGAUUGGGUUCAGAUCAGGAGACAUACUUGGCCACUUAAUCACUUUCACCCUGUUCUUCUUCAGAAAUCCAACAGUGGCCUUAGAUGUGUGUUUAGGAUCAUUGUCAUGUUGGAAAAGUGCACGGAGUGAUGGUGCAUUUUCUCUUUCAGUAUAGAGCAGUACAUCUGUGAAUUCAUGAUGCCAUCAAUGAAAUGCAGCUCUCCGACACCAGCAGCACUCAUGCAGCCCCACAUAAGGAGUUUCAAGUUUCACUGUAGGCAUCAUGCAUUUUUCUUUGUAUUCCUCACCUUUGCGACGCCAUACAGUUUUGAAGCCAUCAGUUCCAAAAACAUUUAUCUUGGUCUCAUCACUCCAGAGUACAGAGUCCCAGGAGUCUUUAUCUUUGUCAGCAUGGGCCCUGGCAAACUCUAGGCGGGCUUUUUUGUGCCUGGGCUUCAGGAGAGGAUUCUUUCGUGGACGGCACCCAUGCAUACCAUUUCUCUGCAGUGUACGCCGUAUUGUGUCGCGGGAAAUAGUCGACCCAGUUUGGCUUUCUACUUUAGAUAACUGCAGUGAACUUGCAUGCCGGUUUUCUUCAACCCUUCUCAUCAGAAGACGCUCCAGUUGAGGUGUUAACUUCCGUGGACGACCUGGACGUCUCUGUGAGAUGGUUGCAGUUCCAUCUUUUUUAAACUUUUGUACCACUUUUGCAACAGUAUUCUGACUGAUAAGUAAAGCUUUGCUGAUCUUCUUGUAGCCUUCACCUUUCUGGUGUAAAGAAAUUAUUUUCUUUCUCAGGUCUUGUGACAUUUCUCUUCCGUGUGGGGUUUAACACCCUUUUAUAGUCAACUGUCUGUUGGACACCUGUAUAAUGAAUAAUUAGACAUAUGUAGUCUCAAAUUUAGCUUUGAUCUAGAGACUUUCAGUGGGGUGUACUCAUUUUUGCAUCACCCUAAUUUGCGUAAAACUGAAAAUGUUGUUCUUCAAGUUAUAUUAUAAAUCUUACUUAUGUUAUAAGUUAAACAGAUUUUAUAUAAAACUUAGUCUUGUCAACAUUUUGGAAAUUGAUUUUGUGUUCAUUGAGAUAUUGUUUAAAAUGUUACUUCUCAAAGGGGGUGUACUCAUUUACGCUGAGCACUGUAUAUUUUAAUUGUACUAUACUGUAAUGUAGCAUUUGCAAAUGUAUUUACUGUAAUACUACCUUUCAAUCAUCUGUAGAAUCGGAUGUAUGAUUGAAAUGCUUUUGUUCGGACUAAACACACAAUUUCUAAUAAAACAUCAUUCGAGCUUUUGCUUAAAUGUGCCCUCAGGGCAGAGGAUCAACGCAUGCCAUUCAUCUGUCACUUUACGUCAUCAUAUACAGUGUCAUUAUUAAAAUGAUUAAAAGCUUUUCA